UUUCUAUUCCAUUCAUUCAUCUAGUGUCGUGAAUGUCGUCGUGAUAUUUAUUAUUUUUUGUCAAAAUCAUGUACGGUAAAAAUCAGAUAAACGAAAGUGGAAGUUAAUCAUUUUAAUUGACAAAAUUCUCCUUUAUAUCUAUUGCGAUUGUAGAAAGUAUUUUUAAUGAUCAUACGAGUUGAUAAUAAAAAUAAACAUUCCGUUAGUUUUGUGGAAGGACUUGCGAAAUAAUUUUGUUGUGAUCCUGUGAGUUAUGUUACUGUUUUGAUGGUGUUAUUUCGGAUUUUUGAGUACAGUAUCAUCAAAUAUAGGAAUUUGAGAAAGGAUAGGUGGGAAGUAGGUCGUAUGAGACAAAGUGGCGUAAACAAAGUGAGCCGGUGCAUCGUAUGUUCUAGAUUUUAGUGGCACGAUAUGGGUUUGUUCGAGGGUCAUUAGGGACGAUGGAGCGGUUGUCUCAUGACCUCAACCUGGCUCUGGAGGAGAGUAACUGCGGCAGGCAGGAGCGGAGGAAGCUAGGCCUCCGCCGCCGAACCAGAUCUGCCGGAAACCUACCAGCUGCAGUGGCAGUGAGCCUGGUUGAAGAUGGAAGCUCAAGCAGUCCACCCCAGGCCCCCCUCAUCACGCAGCCACUAUCAGACUCAGAUGACCCACACCUCAGUCUGCAUAAAUCCAGCCUCAAAUCCCGACACUAUUGUCAAAUUGGAAAUUUUGAGUCGGAUUCCUUCAAUGAGAACUUCUCUCCAACGAGACCGGCCAAUGCUAGGAGGAAACGCAAAUAUAAGAAGAUGCCUGUAGAGUAUACCGAUGGGAAGAGAUCACCACCAAUUGAGAUCCUGAGUGUCACUACUGAGCCCAAUGCACUGCCCGCUACAAUAAUUCUACAGAGCCAAGUGUUGUCCCCGGCUAUUCAUGUGAACAAGCACAAGACUCUCUCUAAACCUGAAAGCUGCUUUUUCAGAAACGCCUUCUGCGGCAAAAGGAAAUGGUCACACCGGGAUAAAGGCGACGGAUGCGAAAUGAGAGAGAGAUCCUUCAGUGGUGGGUGUUCCUCAAAGUCUGCUUACUUCUCGAAAAACGACUUUAAGUCAAGGAAAUAUGACACAGAUCUCCCGAAGAAGGAGCCUGUACUUCAGCCAGGCAAAAUUAUACUUAAAUCUCAGAAUGCAGAAGGCACAAAACCGACUACACCCACAAACACUCCAUCUUUACCAGGAAGUUCCAGUUUCAAUUUUGUUUACAAAAAUUCUUCCAAAAAUGGUACUCCAACAUUAUCAAAACUGACAGGGUAUAAAAUAACGACAGAUCUUCCGCCUUUCUUUAACCCUACAACUAGUACGGGAAAGAACAGUUUCGACGGGAAAUAUCAUAGAAAGUUUAAAAUGUUGAACAAAUCACACCCACCUUCCCUGAGAAACCCGCUGAUGUUCGAUGAUUCCAACAGUGGAAUGGAUUGCGCGGGGAAUGAAUCAAGCUCCCUGAGUAGUAGUGAUUCUGAUGGCGUGGUCACCAACGACAGUGAUAGGGAGGGAGACGAUGAACUCACCGACUGGCCCGGCAUCGAAGAACUGAAAGUAUUCAACAAAAGCCUUACGUUCAAAACUUCGAAAUCGGUAAACAAUAAUUCUCCGAAGUCUGCCAGCAACAUGCCACCACCGAAACGUUUGAAAAAGGAAAAGUUAUUAGUCAAAAGUGGGUGGGCCAGUUGCAAGAACAGGUUCAAGAAGAAAAGGGCUAAAGUGGAUUCGGGGAACGAUGACGACGCAAUGAUGUCUGAUUCUAAAACUGUUGUCGAUUUAGAAGACGAAGCUAUCUCGAAAGAGAACAGAGAUAUUCUCCAGCCACAUUCCUCGUUCAGCAGCUUUAGUGACAUAAAAAACGCCGGUGUGUCUGGUCAGAAUGCGAAUGAGUCGUUUUUUCAGUCCUUUCAGGCCUUUCAAGAGAAAUCGGCUCAGCAGGAUGAAUCGUUUAACCAGACGCCGCGCACGAAUUUUUCGCUACAGAAAACAUCGUCGAGUGAUUUGAAUCUGAGUGAGAAGUCGCCACAGAGCGACCAUUAUUACAGUGAACAUUCUAUGGGGAACGCUGUGGUGACAGAAGUGAGGGAGAUCAGGGCUGGGUGUCGCAGGAUACGGGAUGAAAGACCAGGUUUCUUAAUUCUAAGUGCUGCCAACGAACAGCUUUCGAAAUUCCUGCAAGAUUCUUGCCAAACUGAAUUGAAAUUGCCAAGUCUCAAUGAUCCUGAAGAAAAGGAGAAACUGGAGUCACUAGCUAAGCUCUACUCCUUGGAACUUCAAGUGGAGAUGGGUCGACCGGUCCUGAGGAAAACCAGCAACACAAUGCAGGCGAUUCGCGUCGAACAUUCCUACCACAAUUUUCCUUCGGACCAUAAACGCCGUUGCUAUGGCGACGAUACAGAUACCAGCUUGUCUCUCAGCGACCAGAAUUCCGUGAACUCCAUCAACGACCUCGAAGAUACGCAGGACGUACCGGAGAGGCUCUGCGACAUGGCUCAACAGGAUCUGGUAGAUACAUUCUCAAAUUCACUAGUUGAUAAGUCGCAUUUACACCCCGGUGAAAUAGAUUGAAUCUAGGAAGUCUAUUUCAACCACGGGCUUGAAUCAAAGCACUCUACGCGUAUAUAAUAAAAUCGCUUCAUGAUCAUUUAAAAUUGGAUAUUAAAGGUAAGCGUCCACAGGCUCGCAUUGUACGCAUUCUGUAUGACGUCAUCAGUACGCAGCGCAUGUAGGCAUUGCUGAUGAUGCGGUCCAUACGAUGCGAAUCAAUGGACGCAGUUGUAUGAGUUUCUAUAUAAGACAAACUAAAAUCCGUUGCGUACGAUGCGGGCCCGUGAACGCGUACCCUAAUAGACCUGUUCUCAAAUCGAAUGAGAUAUCGCCUAAUUUAUUUAUAAAUAGAGGUACCUACUUAUAUUGUGCCUAAAUCAAUAAAUUAUGCGCAAAAGUUGAUCAAUUAUAAACCUCGACAAUAUGUAAAGAGUGCAUGUAUUUAUUGAAAUUGUAUCACGGGACAGGUGUAUUAAAAACUUUCUCAUAUUAAAAUUGUGAUUCGGAAAUAUAUUGAUCUAUGAAACCAUGCAGAGCAUGGUAUAACUAUAGAAUACUUAUAAAAUAUAUAAUGUCUCUUGUAUUUCAAUGUCUGUCCUCUAAGGCUGUUUUCUUUUCUGCACAGCUUUUAUACGAAAAAUGUAGCUAAAAGAUAAACACAGUUCUAUUUGAAAAGCAGUUUUAAACCCAGUUCAUUAAAGUUACUUUUCGAAUGUUAUUUUGAUGUGUUUAAUUCAUUUUUCAUGCAAUAGUUGUGCCAAAAUUAUUUGCCUUUAGUUUAUACUGAAACCGAUGAAGUAAGUAGGUUCGAUUAUUUUCAAUUGCCUGAUAAUCUCCAUAAAAUUCUGUCAAAAUGCGAUUACCUUAGUCUUCCUGGCUGGUCAAAUUGUAGGAAAAAAAUUAAUGUAUAGGGUUUCAGGUUGAAAUUUGCGAAACCUUGCCUUUUGCCAAGAAAACCAUACAAUUUUCAGACUUUUUGAUUCAUUCACGUGCCUCGAAAAAACUUCUACGUAGCAACCCUUGAUUUCAACAUUAAUCACGUGCAGCAAACCCAAACUCGCGUGACAACCCUUGCGAACAAUAACACAAUAGGGUGGAAAAAAAAGUUUUACGUACUUUUUAAGACAUCGGUGUUUCUUUACUUCAAACACUUUUUUGUUUCUUAUACUCCAUUUAAAAUAUUGUUGGACUUUUAAACAGGUCUUUUUACAGCUUCCGAAUACACUGAGUUUGCCAGGCGGCAGAAAAAUAUUGAGGUUUAUACUCAGAAGUUUGCCAGAUGGUAGGAAAAGAUGAACAUUUAUACUAAUGUGGGUGAAUUUGAGAUGAAGUAAUGGUGAUUAGUAAUAGAAAAAUUAAAAAAAUAUAUUAUUAAAAUUCUAUGUUUGGUAGCUAUAUUUAUGAAUAGGUAUUAUAAAAUAAAUUAACAUCUUUGGGAAAUUCGUUUAGUCUAGUCAUUGCUUGGAUGAACUUAAAAUCAGAUAUCUGUUGGUUCGAAGCGAAGCAUUUAGAGCGCCAAACAAGCUCUCGUUUCGUUUUAGUUCAAGGUAAAGCAAACUCGUACUAAGGGUACUGUACCAUUAGUAUAAGUAAUAAUUAUAAAUUCACAGCUGUAAAGAGAGUUGUUUAAAUUAAUUUAUCUAAUAUUAUUUUAAAUGCAGUAUACAAUAUACAUAUCUUUCUGAAUUGCUCAUUCCUUUCGUUUUUAAUUUAGUUGUAUGGCUUUAAACGUCUCUUGAUUCUAAUCGUAUAGAUUCCCGACAUUUAGUUUUAAUAUUAAUUUAGUUGUCCAACUCAUAAUCGUUGGCAUUAAUUAAUUCUUCAGUCAAAAAUUCUAGUUUACACUUCAAUACUUAAUUAGUUUUAAUUUUGUGUAAAAUAAUAAAAUUAAUUUAAAUAUGCGGUUUACUCGUCAACUUUUCGACGAUGCUCGAUUAGUUUCAAGUCACACCGGGACUCAUAAUCGUGUAUAUCGAGAGUCUUCGAGCGGUUUACGUAAACCGUGUAUUUUAAUUCAUUUAGUUUUAUAAAUCAAUGGUCUAAUCAGCUAUUUAAGAAUAAGAGGCUAAUUUUCUCAGAUUAGCUGGCUUGUCAAUGCAUAUGAUUAUGUAUACUGAUAAAUGUUAUUGAGUAUGGAGGCAAAAUUUUGACAUUUCUUGCCUUUAACCUGAGCCUGUGGUCAAUAGCCUUUUAGCGCUUGUCUACCGAGAGAGUAGAUAACUCAAAUAACUCAAUGUAUGGGGAUGACUCUGACGAGUGUCAAAGUUUAUGUCAAUCACUACGUAGUAUAAAACAAAGUCGCUUUCUCUGUCUCUAUGUCCCUUUGUAAGCUUAAAUCUUUAAAACUACGCAACGAAUUUUGAUGCGGUUUUUUAUUAGAUACAGUGAUUCAAGAGGAAGGUUUAUAUGUAGGUAUAAUACAUUCAUGAUAUUGCACCCAUGCGAAAUUGGGGCGGGUCGCUAGUAUAAUUUAGUUUUCUACUCUACAAGUAGCCAAGUGGUAAAUGGCAUUUGGAUAGCACUGGUUAGUUUGUAAUUAGAAUAUAUUAUAUGGUACUAAAUAUGUUUAUGUUCGUGUUUCUAAAACGAAAAUAGAUGGAAAUACAAAUAAGAUUUAUUUUUUCUUAAGAGUGUUGAAGCCUAAUGUGUAAUUCUUUUAAAAUUGUGUGUGUGAGUGCAAUGAUAAGGUUUUCUGAUAUUUUUAUAUUAUGUAUCUUUAAUUCGUAUGAUAGGUUUUUUCGAAGGAUUCCGUGUCGAAAUAUUCAUAGAAAUUAUUCUAUAAAAGAUCUUUUAUCAGUAAAGACAGAAUUAACUAAAAAUCACGGUUUACUCACGUGAAUUAAUGGAGAAACGCUCUACUGGUUUCGAGUCACAGAGGGACUUAUCAUGAGCGGCGUGCGCAGACGCGGUGACUAGACACUAGUAGAGCUUUUCUCCAUUAAUUUACGUGAGUAAACCGUGAUUUAUAGUUAAUUUAGUAUGUCUCACGAUAGUUAUAAUAAAAAUACAGUAAGGACAGGUUUGUUGUUUCAAAAUUCACCCCGCGGGCACGGGGUUGGCUCUACGAGUACAAAUUGAUUCUUAGAGCGUUUAUAAUAUAGUCUAUUUUAUUAAAAGCGAAAUUAAAGUGCGUUCUCACUGACAUCCCGAUUGUUACGUUAGUCAAAAUGUGUGAUAUACAAGAGAGUUUUAAUUUGCAUGUGUAAUAGUGUCAGUGGAAACGUACUUUAAUUUGGGAAUAAUAUUUUUUGUAUUACAUAUGCCCGAAUACUCAAACGCUACUCAAUUUUAAGACGCUCUCAAAUGUAGUUCUGUCUGUAUCAAUUCUUUAUAAAAUGACAGACAUAGUACGAUAUUUAAGUACAACUUAAAAUUGAGUAGCAUUUGAGUAUUCGGGCGUUAGCGUUUUUGGUCAUCCGAUUCGUAAUGAACUAAUGAUAGGGGUUAUUGCUCGUUGUUAUGUAGAAUUUAUAGACGGAUUCCAGAGUUCUAUCGAGUAUAUUAUGUAUCGUUAAAUGUAAUGAAACACGCUUUAUGCAGGGUGAUAGAAAAAUAAUUCAGUGGUCUUUCAUCACUCUGUAUUUCGAAAUGCUUUUAGUUGUACUCCGUAGCAGUAGCCAAUUUAAAACUAAAGUUAUAAAGGUGUUUUUAACUUUAGUUUAUAAGACUUAAUAUAAACUUUGUCUGUUACUUAAUUAUGUAUAGAAACAACUAACUACCGUACUGAGAUACAUUUAAUGAUUACUUAAACUAUUCCUUAGUAACGAUUUUGUAUCGGAAACAAUUGCUAAGGACUGGGUUAAGUAACCAUUAGCUGAGUAUUGCGGAAAGACAGUUUUAAUGAUACAUUGAUAACUUUGUAUAACAAUAUUUUGACAGAUUGACAGGUAAGCAUAGUAUUUCAUUGUAAAUGUUACAUUACAUUAAUUAAUCAUUUAUUCACUUGUAAUUAGAAUUUUCACAGUUUUUGAUAUUUAAAUGAGUAUAACAUAGUUUUUGAUCGGAUGCCAAGCGCAAAUGAUGUAAGGUUAGAUAGAGUUUGGAUGCCAUAAGAGGCCUAUUUCGCUUGGACGAAUGUGGUGAUAUCGCAGGGAUGUAGUACUGUAACAGGUUUGUAUAUGUUUAGAAAUAUUUUCAUAUGUUUAUGCUGAAAGCGACGUCGCCAUGUUGUCGUGAGCAGACCUCUAAGUGUCGUAUGAUUGCUUACUAACGAAAUUAAAUAAUAAUUACAUUUAAUCCAAACUUAACGACGUACUCAGUCAUUUAAUGAUUACUUAACCCAGUCCUUAGCAAUUGUUUUCAGAACAAAAUUGUUACUAAGGAAUAGUUUAAGUAAUCAAAACAUUACAUAACCACUUAAAUUAUUAUUAUUUAUUUCGUUAGUAAGUCUUAAUGCCGCACUCAGAGACAUUUCAUGAUUACUUAAACUAUUCCUUAGUAUCGAUUUUGUAUUGAAAACAAUUUCUAAGGAAUGGGUUAAGUAACUAUUAAAUGACUCUGAGUACGACGGUAAUUUGUAUAUUUAGGCGCUUAGUUCGCCCCCAAACGUAAUUUAAUCGAAGUUUGAAAGACUAUUUAGUUGUAAACAUUAUAUUUUGUCGUUUUAUAACAGUUCAUACGUUGUACACUAACAUUGUACCCUGUAUUUGUAGGUAUGUAUAUGUAUGAAUCAAUGUUACGAUCGGGGAGGAAAUAUUGUAUUAUCAGAUUAAAACAGAAAUAUACUUUUGAAUUAAA